AGGAGGCAAAAGAUUGGGAAUCUCCAGGCUGCUCCCCUCCUGCCUGAAAGCUCAGCUCCAUCAGCCUCAGCUCUACUGCCUUGGAAAAGCUGUGGCCAGCAGGAGCUGGGCAGGGAUUGUUCCCCCUGUACCUGGGCACACCUCCCAGACUGGGUUCAGUGUUGGGCCCUUCGCUCCAGGAAGGACAUUGAGGAGCUGGAGAAGGUCAGCAAAGCUGGGGAAGGGUCUGGAGGGCAGUUUGGGGAGGAGCAGCUGAGAUUGCUGGGGCUGUUCAGCCUGGAGAAGAGGAGGCUGAGGGCAGACCAAGCACUGCUUGGCAGAGGUUGCCCAGCCUGGGCUUGCCCUUAGCUGGUGCCUCUCAUUUCUCAGCUCAUCCUGAGCUUGCUGCAGCCUUGCAGCUGUGUCCCUUUGCUGGAGGGGGACCCAAACCAGGAGAAGCUCUCCUAGUUCUGAGCGUUGGCAUCUCCUGGAGGGGAAAGCCCUCACAAGCUUUGCGUUGGGAACCUUUCUCGGUCACCUCUGAAGCGCUCAAAGCCAUCCUGCUGCUGCCCCUGGUGAGAUUCUCCCUCCCAGCUCCAAGCACCCUGGAGCUCAGCAGAUGUGCCACAGAGGCCUCUCCAGCCUGCAGGUGCCAGCUGUGGGAGGAGGUUUGCCACUGGAGACAGCAGCCAGCGAGUCUCUGUCCGUUCUCUGUCCUGUCUGCCUCCUCCUGUCCUGGCUCAUCCUCCCUCCUGCUGCUCCAGGACGUGCCAGUCCCCACGAAGAUCCGGGUCUAGCCCUCCUGGAGCAAACAGCCGAAGUCAAGGACAGGCAUUCCCAAUACUGGAUGCAAACCCAAAAAUAGAACAGAAACUCUUUCUUUGCAACCUCCCUUCCCUUCCCUCCCUCCCCUGCAGCCCCGCAGCCCCGGGGAGCUGCUCCGGGGAGGUGUUGUGCAUUGUCAACUCAAGGCCACCGCCGGUUCAAAAGCAGCCUCCGACCUCCCCUUCCACCCCACUGCUCCCGAACCGCUUCCCCAGCGGCUGCGGGGAGAAGAUGAAGGCUGCUCUUGGGCUGCUCCUGCCGUGCUUGGUGCUGCUGCUCCCCUCGGCGGCGGUUCCGAGGCAGGGGAGCGCCGGGGUAAGGUCGGAGCUGAGCCUCGGAGCUGAGCAGAGCGAGAGGGAGAAGUUCACCCUGCGGGGAAGAGCAGGAGCCAGCCCCGCGCCGAGAUCCAGGCGGGCAGCUCCUGGGAGCCGCUUCCCGCAGCCUGAGCCGGGCCCGGGAUGCUCUCAGGGCAUGGCUGAGGAUGGAGCCUUGGGCUGGGCCAGCUCCAGCCUGCAGCCCUGGCCGCUGGGCGGGCUGGAGGGACCUGUGUGCAGGCUGAGAGUGGACCGGGACAGGCUGAGCUCCAGGCACCUGGACGUUGUGGGCGUCCUCACCCAGUACGAGAGUGGCUUCAUCAAGCUGCUGAGCAGAGGCACCAGCUGGCAUGGAAGCUCUCUGGAGACCUUUGGGCUGUGCCCAGCAGGGCAGGGAGCUGCUGCUCUCCAGCCCCUGAAGCACAUCCAUGCACACAUGGUGGAGCCAGGGCAGGACCGAGUCCUUGUGCUGCAUCUGGAGGAAGUGAAGUGGGAGGCCCAGGUGAAGCUGCACUUCAAGUUGGCUUUCCAGGCAGAGGUGGGACAGUCCCUGGGAGAGCUACGUGGGGCCCUGCUGCUCUUCUACCUGGGCAGCAGAGAGGGGCCAGGAGCCGGGCACCCAGAGGAGCUGCUGGCCACGGGCACGGGGCUGGCACGGGAGCAGGUCCUCUGCCUGUCCAGGGCCACCCAGUACCUGGUCCUGGCAGCUGCUGUGGCAUCCAUCACCCGCAGCAGGGAGCAGCUCAGCUUCCAGGCUUCCCUGGACAUCAGGCGUGGCAGAGAGGGAGGUGCCACCCUGACCCCCAUGGAGAGCCAGGAGCUCCUUUUUGGCUCUGAUGACAAAUGCUUCACCAGGAUGACUCCUGUGCUGCUGCUGCUGGCCAAGUCACAGCAAGAGGAGGUGGCUUUGGCCCCUUCUUCCUAUCUCUCUGCUGAUGGGGUGCUGGACAUGGCUCCCUACCCACAGCCCAGCCCACCCCAGGCUGGGAUGGAGGAGCUGCCAGCCCCCACUGCCACAAGCCAAGCCAACGCCUCCUCCCCGGCAGCCGACGGCAGCAGCCUGUUCCUGGGCAUCCUGACCCGCUUCAUCCAGCGGGUCCUGAGCACCUCCAGCGAGCCUCCCACCCAGCCCAGCUCCCACCACUGGCUGGACUUCCAGGUGAUGGAGACCCUCCCUCACCAGCUGCUCAACCUGUCGGAGGAGGCUGCCCUGGAGCGCCUGGUGCAGUCGGAGGAGCCCUCGGUGCUGCUCUUCGCCCAGGACAGCGGAGCGGUGCUGGAGCAGCACCUGGGCGACUGGCAGCCGGAGGGCACCGUGCUGCAGCUGCUGACGGGCAAGCUGCAGGAGGUCAUCCAGGAGCUGAGAGCCAUCCCUGCCUUCCAAGCCAACCUUGGGCUGCUCCAGCAGCUCCUCAGCUUCUGCUACUUCCCGUCGGGGCCAUCCUCCGUGGCCACCGGCCAGGCUCUGCCGCCGCCGUCGGGCUCGGCGAAGCUGCGCACCCUGCUGCUGCUGAAGGCGCUGCAGACGGUGCGGGCACGCUGGCAGGAGCGGGGCAGGGUCCUGCGGCAGAACCGCAGCGCUCGGCACCACCAGGCGCACUGCCGCCUGCAGGAGCUCACCAUCGACCUGCGCGACCGCAACUUCGUCGUCAUGCCCACGGUCUACGCCGCCAACAACUGCGAGGGGCCCUGCAAGCUGCCCCUCUCCACCCGUGUGCCAGGCUACCACACGCACACGGUGCUGCUGCUGGGCAUGCAGGAGCGGGGCUCGCCCCUGCGGCGCCCUCCCUGCUGCGUGCCCGUCCGCUACUCGGACCAGCUCAUCAUCAGCCUCUCGGCGCAGGGGCUGGAGGUCCGCAGGUUCCCCAACAUGGUAGCAGAGGAGUGCGGCUGUCGGUAGAGGGCUGCCAGGCUCCCCGGCCACCCUCCCGGCCCCUCCUCCUGCCCGGUUAUGCCCUCGCAGAGCUGGAGCUGCCCUCACAUCCAUCCACCCACCCCACUCCCAACGUGCCCUGCCCUGCCCCCACGGUUUGGUUCGUUCGUGGCGCUCUGGGUCUGGGGUCCGCUGGAGCUCUGCUGGGGUCUGGGGGAACUCUGCUGGGGUCUGGAGGAGCU